AUCCUGCUGGUAAGAGGUGGGAGGAGCUGCGCGUUCACGUGCAGGAGAGGAGGAGGCGGCGACUGCAGGCCCCGCAUACACCGGAGGAUACGGAGGGAAAGACCGGAACCCUGGAUUAACCCCUUAGGCUAGGGAGCGCGGGGAGAACAAGGCGGCAUCCCGCUAACUCCCCGGGCGGCAGUAUGAAGGUGACGGUGAGCUUCGGGAGGACCCGGGUGGUUGUGCCCUGUGGGGACGGCAACUUGAAAGUUUCAAGCCUCAUCCAGCAAGCGGUGACCAGGUACAAGAAGGCCAUAGCCAAGGACCAUAAUUACUGGAUACAAGUUCACCGGUUAGAACAUGGGGACGGCGGCAUUCUGGACCUCGAUGACAUUCUCUGUGACGUGGCUGAUGAUAAAGACAGACUUGUUGCUAUAUAUGAAGAACAAGAUCCACAUCAUGGGGGAGAUGGCACAAGCGCAAGUUCUACCGGCACUCAGAGCCCAGAAAUCUUUGGCAGUGAACUUGGAACGAACAGUAUGUCAGCCUUCCAGCCUUACCAAGCAACAAGUGAAAUCGAGGUCACCCCUUCAGUUCUGCGAGCAAAUAUGCCUCUGCAUGUGCGACGUAGCAGUGACCCAGCCCUUGUUGGGAUAACCACUUCUGUAAGCGACUCCAACUUCACAUCUGAAGAGCCGUCCCGUAGAAACCCAACUCGAUGGUCUACCACUGCCGGGUUCACGAAGAAAAACCAUCCUACAGGCCAAAAUUCCAGUGACAGGAAGAAAGAUGAUAACUACAGGAGUCUCCCCAGGGAUACAAGUAACUGGUCUAAACAACAAUUUGAAAGAGAUAAGGCUCGCUCAUCCUUGAGUGCCAGUCACCCCCUGGUGGACAAGUGGCUAGAGAGGCAGGAGCAGGAGGAGGAUGAUGGAGAAGAGAACAGUCGGGUGGAACCGGUUGGUCAUGCAGACACUGGCUUGGAACGAACCUCCAGCUUCUCCCUUGAUGACAUGGUGAAGCUGGUGGAAGUCUCCAAUGAUGGUGGACCUCUGGGGAUCCAUGUAGUGCCUUACAGCGCCCGAGGCGGAAGAACCCUUGGCUUAUUAGUAAAACGGCUGGAGAAAGGAGGUAAAGCUGAACGGGAGAAUCUGUUUCACGAAAACGAUUGUAUCGUCAGAAUUAAUAAUGGUGACCUUCGUAACAGAAGAUUUGAACAAGCUCAGCAUAUGUUCCGUCAAGCCAUGCGCUCUCCCAUGAUCUGGUUUCAUGUGGUGCCAGCCGCUAACAAAGAACCAUACGAACAACUGUCCCAAAGCGAGAACAACAGCUACUACUCCAACCAACAUGUCCCUGACCAGUACAUCGAGAAUAGGAAUUUCCACAGCCCGGGACCUGAGCAGACACUACAGAGAGUGCCACGUCAAGUAAACCAGACAGAGCCUAUGGACUCUUACUCACAUCUACCUCAUACUAUCAAUGCAGCAGGAAAACCACCCACAGGCCUAACGCCAUCACCACAGCGAGGUGUCAGCUCUCCUCCACCCAGCGGCUAUAAUACCAAAAAAGCAAAGAAGCAGCUAUAUAUACAGCUCAAAAAAGGGGCUGAAGGUUUGGGGUUCAGUAUAACGUCUAGAGAUGUCCCUAUUGGAGGUUCAGCUCCAAUCUACGUGAAAAACAUCCUGCCUAGAGGAGCUGCUAUCCAAGAUGGAAGAUUGAAAGCUGCGGAUAGGCUAUUGGAGGUGAAUGGUGUAGACUUGACCGGUAAGACCCAAGAAGAAGUUGUAUCCUUACUGAGAAGCACAAAGAUGGGAGGCUCUGUGAAUCUCUUAGUCCUCCGGCAAGAUGAAGCUUUCCAACCACGGGAGCUGGCUCCUGAAUCAAUUCCAGUUCCUGAUACAAGAGAGCCGCCACCAGAAGAGGACGAUCUUGUUCUCACACCUGAUGGAACGAGAGAAUUCCUAACAUUUGAAAUCCCACUAAAUGAUUCUGGAUCGGCGGGUCUCGGCGUUAGUGUCAAGGGAAAUCGGUCAAAAGAGAACCAUGCCGACCUGGGCAUUUUUGUAAAAUCGAUCAUCAAUGGUGGAGCUGCAUCCAAAGAUGGAAGGCUUCAUGUGAAUGACCAGCUUGUUGCUGUCAACGGUGAAUCCCUACUAGGCAAAACGAAUCAAGAUGCCAUGGAAACACUGCGAAAAUCUAUGUCUACAGAAGGCAAUAGACGAGGGAUGAUUCAGCUGAUCGUAGCCAGAAGAAUAAAGCGGAACGAGUUGGAGUCACCUGGAAGCCCCUCGGGGCCUGAAUUGGCCAUUGAGACAAUGCUGGAUGACAGGGAACGAAGAAUUUCCCACUCUCUGUACAGCGGCAUUGAGGGGUUUGACGAAUCGCCCACAAGGAAUGCAGCAUUAAGUAGGAUAAUGGGUAAAUAUCAGCUUUCUCCGACAGUGAACAUGCCUCACGAUGACACUGUGAUCAUUGAAGAUGACCGGGCCCUAACGCUGCCUUCUCAGCUCUCCGACCAGUCAUCUUCCAGCUCUCACGAUGACAUGGGAUGCGUAACGGACUCUGCCGGAGCCUGGUCCAAAACCGUUACUAGUGAAUCUACAGAGAGCAGCACUCUGAGCCCGGAUGUAGAUCCGUCCCUCGCCUUCCAGAGAGAAGGAUUUGGACGCCAGAGCAUGUCAGAGAAGCGCACCAAGCAAUUUGGAGAUGCCAGUCAAAUGGAGUUUGUUAAAACACGGAAAUCAAAGAGCAUGGAUUUAGGUAAAAAAUUAGCUGACGAGGCUAAGAUCAGUGCAAUGGCUGACCACAAUGCAGGUUCCCCCAGCAGAGACGUGGGACCUUCAUUAGGCCUGAAGAAAUCCAGCUCAUUAGAAAGUCUGCAGACGGCCGUGGCUGAGGUGACUUUGAAUGGUGACAUUCCUUUCCAUCGCCCACGCCCCCGGAUCAUUCGAGGACGAGGCUGCAAUGAGAGCUUCCGAGCGGCGAUUGACAAGUCCUACGACAAGCCACCUGUAGACGAUGAUGAUGAAGGGAUGGAGACAUUGGAAGAGGAUACAGAAGAGAGUUCCAGAUCAGGACGGGAGUCUGUGUCCACUGCCAGCGACCAGCCUUCUCAUUCUCUCGAGAGGCAAAUCAACGGUUCGGAUAAGGCCGAUCGCAAAAAGGACAAGGGCGGAAAGGAAAAGAAAAAAGACCGCGAUAAGGAUAAAAGCAAAGCGAAAAAAGGCAUGCUGAAGGGUCUGGGAGACAUGUUCAGGUUUGGCAAACAUCGAAAAGAUGACAAGAUUGAACACAGGGGAUCAUGGAAAAUGAAAAUGCAAGAAGCCCACCCUUCAGAAGAUGACAGGAUGCGGAUGAGGCAAGAACAGGAGAGAAUUCAGGCAAAGACCCGUGAGCUUCGAGAAAGACAAGCCAGAGAAAAGGACUAUGCCGAGAUCCAAGAAUACUCUAAGAGUUACGGUGAAGAUCCCACUUAUGCCAACACGGGCCAUUAUGACACAGUUGCAAACAGCAGUGGUACUCUGAAUCUGAACAGCCGACCCCAAAGUCCGAGAGAUAGCAAGCAAAUGGAAGCAUUGUAUGCUCAAGUAAAGAAACCGAGGAGUGCGAAGCCUCCACCUGUAGACAGCAAUCGAUCAACUCCAAGCAAUCACGACCGGAUACAGCGUCUUCGCCAGGAGUUCCAGCAAGCCAGGCAUGAAGACGAUGUGGAUGAACGCAGGCGUACAUACAGCUUUGAACAACCUUGGCCAAACAACACAACAUAUAAUCAGAGCGGACGGCAUUCAGUGUCCGUGGAAGUGCAGAUGCAAAGGCAGAGACAGGAGGAGCGGGAGAGCUUCCAGCAAGCCCAGCGCCAGUACAGUUCAUUACCCAGGCAAAGUAGAAAGAAUCCCAGUUCUGUGUCUCAAGACUCAUGGGAACAAGCUUAUGCUCCUGGAGAAGGUUUUCAGAGUGCCAAGGAGAAUCCCAGGUAUUCCAGUUAUCAGGGAUCGCGGAAUGGUUACAUGGGCGGACAUGGAUUCAAUGCCAGAGUUAUGAUGGAAGCCCAAGAACUUCUCAGGCAGGAGCAGAGACGAAAGGAACAGCAGCUCAAAAAGAAAGUGUCCUCAGAUGCAUCAAAUAGCUAUGACUCUUACAAGAAGACCUCUGAUCCGAAUUACGCCCAAGCUAAAGGUCCUUUCCGCCAGGACGUACCGCCAUCUCCGUCUCAGGUAGCACGGCUCAACAGAUUACCACCAGAACAGGGAAGACCAUUUUACUCCUGAGGGACAAUAAACACUAAGUAAUAAAAGGCAAUAACAGAUAUUUUCAUGAAAGACUUUGUAUUAUUUUUUAAACGGACGGUACUAUGGUGCAUAUCCUGUUUGUUUCAGUGCCUUUUGCAUUUUGGGCAACGUGACAGUGGACCUCUUCUCUGCCCUUGUUCUCUUGGACUGAAGCGAGAAGUACACGGAAGGAUGUUUCACGAUAAGACAAUCACAGGUGACAUUACGUCUGCCCCCUAGAAUCAUAUCGUUCAGCUGAGUUUCAUGAAAUGUCAGGAGUCUGCCAUGCUUCGCUCAGUUCUUUUAUUUUGCUAUGCAUUUUUUUUUACUGACAUAAUCUAUUGUGGGAAAGGAAUGGAUUGGUUUGUACUCAAUGGUUUCUUUACUUUUUUUCUUUUUUUUUUUUAUACCUAUGUUGAUGUUUACUAAAGUAUUAUUUCCGUGUUAUCAGACAACCCAUAAUUGGUCAUGUAAUCCUUGACACUACUUAUGUUGCUUUUUUUUAAAAUUGUUUUUAAUCAUGGAUAAACCUAAUACUGAUAUGUUUUGAUUUAUUUAAUGUAUGUGAUAUUAUCACUGUCUUCAAUGCCUUUCAUCUCAUUGUCAUAUGUGAAAAAAGUGACUGUUCUCUUCCACUAGAGAUGUAAUUCCCAUUCAAGAUUAUAAUUCAGAUUCACAAUUAGAUCACGAUUGGGGGGUAAGAAAGUGGGGAAUAUCCUCAAGAUCCCUACAUGAUGAAAAUGUAUAAAUUUGUUUUAAAGGGGUCAACACCAAUCAAUGCAAGACAGUUUUUACGUUCUACUAGUAUGGCUGCAUUUUCAUGAAGUCUACAAAAUGGCUACCAGUAUAAAAAAAUAAAAUAAAAAGUCUACUAGAAGGCAUUGACUGUCCAAAUCGAAAAGCUUUUAAUAAGAACAAAGGGAAAAAAAUGAAUAAAACUAAUGUUACUAGUGUAAUUUUGCACCAAGGGUAUGUAGACAUUACUUUCCAGUUCUUCCAUAUGCCCUGCAUUAUGUGAUGACAAUGUGUGAAUGAAAGAAGAAUGGAGAAAACUGUUACACAGUGUUAUGAAUCUUGCCAGAAAACAGACUGAGGCUUGAAGCCUUAAGAAAUAAUAACAACAUAAAUCUCUGAUAUAAUAGUAACACUAAAGCAUUAAAAUAUGAAAAUAUAUGGAGUUCUACUGAAUAAGCUGCCCUGUACAGUCAACCUGCUACUGCCCCUUUGUUCACCUUCCUCUUCCAAUGAGACUCGUAACAGGAUUCUGAAAAUAAAUCUUUAAAUCUUACGCCUUCUAUUCUUAUAGUGGUCGAUUAACUUCUUGCAGUAGUUAUCUAACUUCUUCAGGAUUUUUUUAAUAGGGCUGCCAUUCACAGAAUGUUUUUUCCAGCUACCAGACUGGCACCAUUUUAAGGUGGAGGGAAUCUUUGACAGCCUCCCAUACCCAAAUAGGAUCAAUCAAGAACAAACUCUCUGGCAGACUGAUCCUUGUAGAAGUUAACCUGACUACACGCUUAGCAUGAGGCUAUGUAUUGGAAGAUACUGGAGUCUUCUGAUGGCCCAAAGUGCUCCUUAUCCGUUUUUGAUUAACCUUCUCCUUCCUUAUUCAAUUAAAACAUGAAUUAUCUUUGAAAAGAAGGAAAAUCAGCUCACCACCCUGUAGAUUUCUUUUAAGGAAGAACAUCAGAUGUCCUAUAGGAAGCACGGAAAUGAUCCAAGCCGCAUACUUGGUGUGAACAAAUCCUAAGAAAAAUUGUAAUUCCAGCUCCCCAAAAUUUUUUG